AUGGCCAAACCAUUCGUAUUACGAUCUAAACAAACACUUCAUUUAGGUCUAAGAAAAGUGAAACCAUACUAUUUCCAAUUUCAUUGUUAUGCAAGAGCCAGAAUGGUUGGGAAGACUAUUUUGAAAAUGUUCAUAGACGAAUUCCGUGGUAGAACGAGCAAUUAUUAUGCCAGAGCGAUUGAGAACGGUUUGAUUACAGUAAACGGCGAAAGUGUGCGGCCAGACAGGGUCAUAAAGCAGGGUGAUAUAAUAAAACAUUCAGUUCACCGUCAUGAACCACCUGUCCCUGAUAUACCAGUUGAGAUCGUUUUCGAGGAUGAAAAUCUCAUAGUUAUUGACAAGCCAGGGUGUUUACAUGUACAUCCUGCUGGUAGAUACAGGCAUAACACGGUGACGCAUAUUCUAUGCAAUGAAAGAAACAUUGAGAAGCUUUACCCAUCGAAUAGAAUAGAUAAGAUCACUUCGGGACUAUUGAUUAUGAGUAAGACGCCUCAUGCAGCUACAAAACUGGGGUCGUUGAUGAAAUCGCGCGAAAUAGAAAAGGAGUACAUCUGUCGAGUAACUGGUCAGUUUCCUGGAAAACAAAUUUUUUGCGAAGCUCCUAUAAAGAUGCUGUCCAAUUUAGUUGCUUACAACUAUGUUCAUCCUGAAGGAAAACCUUGUGCUACAAUAUUCGAUUGCCUCAGCUAUAAUAAGGAAGAUAAUACCAGCCUUGUCCGAUGUAGGCCUCUAAGCGGGCGCACGCAUCAAAUCCGCGUACAUUUGCGAUACAUGGGUUACCCAAUUGCUAAUGACCCAAUCUACAGUUAUUCAUCAAUAUGGUCGAAACAAUUAGAGUUACUUGAUCACAAAAGUGUGAUAGAAGCCAUAAUGCAAAAUCAGCCUUACGAUUACAUGGAUGAUGAUCCAUUAAAUUACAGUGGUCUACCACGCUGUGCAGAAUGUAACAUCCCUUUACCAAAUGACAAUUUUCUAUCUAACUAUUCGCCAUUGUGGUUACAUGCUUACAAAUACUCAAGCAGAGAUUGGUGCUUCGAAACACGCAAGCUACCCUUUUGGGCCGAAGAUUCGUUUAAGGCAGACAUUACAUUGGCUGCCUUAUAG